CCCAAAACCUCCGAUUCAGCAGCAAAUCCCACCAGACACACACAAACCUACGAAAAACCUCAUAAAAAAACAGAAACAAGAUGUCGUGGCAAACGUACGUCGACGACCAUCUGAUGUGCGAAAUCGAAGGCAACCACCUCUCCGCCGCCGCCAUCAUCGGCCACGACGGCAGCGUCUGGGCCCAGAGUGCCACCUUCCCUCAGUUGAAGCCUGAGGAGGUGACUGGCAUUAUGAAUGACUUCAAUGAACCGGGUUCACUUGCUCCGACCGGGCUGUAUCUUGGAGGGACCAAAUACAUGGUCAUCCAGGGUGAACCAGGAGUUGUGAUUCGAGGAAAGAAGGGCCCUGGUGGUGUUACUGUCAAGAAGAGCACUAUGGCUUUGCUGAUCGGGAUUUAUGACGAGCCGAUGACUCCUGGCCAAUGCAACAUGGUUGUCGAAAGGCUUGGCGAUUAUCUUGUUGAGCAGGGUCUCUAAAUACCUUGAUUCAGUGCUUGACCAGGAGUGCAUUUUUGCUCGCCGUCCUUAAGAAACGGUGAACAUUACACCACAUUAAUCCCCAUUGGAUGAGUGUGAUUUACUCUAUUUGUUACACAAAUCUCAAAAUUUAAACUUAUCCAACAACACUUAAUGUGGUGGUGAUGCGCACAGCGUAAGAGUAGUGAGCAAAAAUGCUCUUGUUUGUUUGGCUUGGGAUACGAUCACGGUGUAUCCUAGUUUACGCAAGCUCUUAUGCUUUUACUUAGGGAAAUCCUCUCGAUUUCUAUAGAAGUUUUCAUCUGCACAUCCUAACCCGUCUGCUGGAAUUGUUUUGUUGCAGUGAGAAGAACUACCUGUGUUGCUAGCAUUGGAAC